AUGACUUUGCCCGCGAGACAGAGCUCACCAUUGACGAGUGGAUGGAGAGUGUCAAGUUCGUCAACGCCCUGGGCGAGAUUUAUGUCAAGAGCGAGCAAGACCCGCAAUGAGACACACCGCAUCUGCGAUGUUCUCGGCCUUGAGUCGCUUGUCGACGAGAUCGCCCACAAGAUCGUUUCCGAGUCCGGCAUGGAUCCCACCUCCUCCUCCAUCUUGGGACCCUUCUGGUCGCCGAACGCGCCCUUCCGCGCGCACGGCGACGUCAUCUUCCAGGACGGCGUGCCGGCCGGCGGCCGCGUGACCAAGAUGCACGGCGUGAUCCGCGACAUCACCACGGGGCAGCCCAUCCCCAACGCCGUCUUCGACAUCUGGCAGGCGUCCUCCAACGGCAAGUACGACUUCCAAGAUCCGGACAACCAGUCGCCCAACAACCUGCGCGGCAAGUUCCGCGCCGACGCCAACGGCCGCUACUGGUUCUACUGCCUGCACCCGACGGCCUACUCGCUGCCGCGCGACGGGCCCUCGUGGCAGCUGCUCACCAUGAUGGACCGCCACCCCAUGCGGCCCGCCCACAUCCACAUCAUGGUCACCCACCAGGACUUUCAGGGCUGCACCACCCAGCUCUACCCCAGCGACGACCCGUGGAUCAAGAGCGACACCGUCUUCGCCGUCAAGGACGACCUGGUCGUCGAGUUCAAGCCCCUCAAGGACGACCCCAAGGCCACCCUCGGAGCUCGAGUACAAUGUCAACCUCGCGCCCAAGGGCUACAAGGGCCGCCUUUAGGGGAUGAGGGGGUGACGGCACGGGGUGUGACGAUGGGGAAAGUGAAGGGGUGUGUUUCUUUGCUGUACAUAUAUCGGCCCAUGUAUAUACCCUACUUUGGACACGGCCUGGACGCCGUUGGGAAGGGGUUUGUCAUUCAGAGAACUAGCGAUCACAUCAUUUGGACAUGUAUGAGAAUUGAUGAAAGAGCUUCAACACAUUUGCGGUGCCAUAUGUCCCGCUUAUGCUAUGCGUUCUUGACACUAUGA